GUCCAGCGACCCACGUCUGGAGCAGCGCGAGUGCAGAGCCCGCGGGGAAGCGCAGCCCGGGAUCCGCCCGCGCGAACUGAUGGCCGGGGAGCGGGGCGAGCCCCGCGGAGCAAAGCGGCAUCCUCGGGACUGGGCGCCCCCUCCACGCACAGCAGGGAAUCCGGGGGCCCGCACGUGAAGGGCUCUGGGCACCGCAGCCCACUCAAGAGCAAGACAUUGGUUUUCUGCCCUCAGUCUCCAGGGGCUGGCCAGCCCCCAGCUCCCUGCUGUCCUACGGCUUCCCCGCCGCUGUCCAGGAACAGCUCUGCAGCACGCCAGGGGUUAACGAGCGCUGCGAGGAGGAAGCACGUGCUAGCGCGCAGCAAUAGGUAGCGGUGUGCACACGGGGCAGCAGGAGCAGACGGCACUCCGCAGUCACUCCGGGGCAGGGGGAGCAGACCGCACUCCGCAGUCACUCCGGGGCCGGAGCUGGGACCGGUUCUUUGGCUCCACCCCACGUCAGAACCAAGAUGCUGGACCAGAUCGCGCUGCUGGCCGCUGUGACCGUGCUGGGAGUCCUGGAGCAAGCCUAUUUUGCACUGCAGGUGAUCUAUGCCAGACGGAAGUACAGUGUCUCCCCCCCGGAUACAGCAGGCCCACCAGAAUUUGAGAGAGUCUUCAGAGCUCAGGCGAACUGCUCCGAAUACUUUCCAAUCUUUGUGUCUGUCCUGUGGGUGGCUGGAAUCUUCUUCCAACAAGGUGUGGCUGCAGUCUGUGGGCUACUCUACCUGUAUGCUCGGUACCAGUACUUCCAGGGAUACAGGCUGUCUGCCCAUGGAAGAAUAGUGGAUCCUUCUGCACAACCUAUGGAGUGAGAAAGCUGCUAAAUUAGCAGUACUCACCAUAUCUCAGGAAAGAGCCUGUGACAGUUCUUCCCUCCUUUUGGGUCCUCUGAAGAUAGACUAAUUAUGCUAGUGAGUUGGAUUAAGCAAGCAUCAGUUAAUACUGCUCAGAACUUACACCUGCAGGCAUGGCCUUGUCAAAUUUUUCAUCCACUUAAUGUUGCUGACCCUUGCUGAACUAUAAGCUGCCUCAAAAAUUUAACAUUUUUACUCUGUUGUAGUUACUUGUUGCUGCACUUACCUGUGCAAUGGGAAACAUACACAGGUUUUCUGCUAUAAGAGUCAAUGCAUUUGUCAUAGGACAGUCCAGGGGUGCACUGCAUACACAGUUGGUGAGUGGAGACACAAAAUAGCCAGAAAAGGUGAAGAGAUAGUUUCCCAAACGUAUAGCUUUAGAUACACUGGUUUGAAGGGGAGGAACACACAAUACUUCAGCAAUUUUCUUCUUUUAUAACCACACGUUAAAAGCAAAGGCCACUCAAAGACAGGCUCUCUCCUAAUCCAACAGAAACCUGCAUUGGUUUUAAUAAGUGAACUGAGGAGGGAGGAAUUACACCCCUCUGCCUGGAUACAGAGCCACUGAGGAUGUUUUCAGCAUCAGGUGGCCCUUGUCAAUAGUAGACUAGUAAGGAAAAAAAAAAGGCACAUUUUACAUGUAAUAUAUUACAAUGAGUGAGUGUUUAGCAAUGGUUCCUUUUCUUAGUAUAUGCAGAGUUGCAGUACAGUCUGUUCAGUUAUGCAACUACAGCAACCUGCCUGUAAAAGCAGGGCCCCUGGACCUGGCACCAGUGCCACGAGGAGCACUACCUUGGCUAAUUUAUAACCCUAUUCAACAGUUACACUGCGUAGCCAUGGAAAGGGGAAGCAAUUUUACAAUCUGCAAGUCAAAUAUGAAGAGCCUCUUGCUAGAAAGUUAAACCUGAGUGAAGACAAGGGCAAGGAUUUUAAAUUUAAUUAAACUUUAUUACAGUGCACAUUAUUUUUAAUAUAUAUUUAUAUAGAGAUGUACUUGAAAAAUCAAAUGUAUCCAAUAAUAAAAAAUACAGCACAUUAAAGUAGUAUUAUGCAUUCCAGUGUAUAGCUGAAGAGACAUUGGGAUUUCAGAAAAAACUUCUGAGAAAUUACAUGACUCCUGACCAUUUUAGAACUGGGCUACCUAUUUUCAAAAUUCACAUCAACCAGUAACUGAAAUAUUUAUUAAAAAGAUGGAUUUUGCACUCAAAAUCUCAAGGCGUGAAGACACUGGGGCCUUCAACAUAAGUUUUAUUCAGGGGCCGUGUUCAACCCUGGCAGGCACAGUGUGGUUUAGUAUUUCCCUGCCAUUCCGGUAUACGUAAUCCCCUCUGGCAGAACCAUGACCCUUCCUGGACCAAGAGGAGAGCUCCAUCUUCCUGCUCACUUAAUCCUCAGCUGGAGUCCUGGAGGAACUGCCUUUUGCUGGGGCAAGGCGAAAUGAAGUGAUUCAAGCUGUGAUUGUUUUCCCCAAUACAUUUCAACCCUGCUCUGCAGUUGGUAAGGGGAAUUCAGUCGCUCAGAGCCAAAAAACUGUCCCUCUCCACUGCUCUGGCAAUAGGGCUACCAUGCCCCCCACUCACCCACCAUAGCUAGGGUCUGCCCUUUCCUGGGCUGAAGAUACGUCUGGCCUUCCUGCUCGUUAGAUCCUUUGUUCUGUAAGCCUGCCAAACUAUGAUGUAGCGUGACCCAACUGCUACAUUCAGGGACCCAUAUCCCUGAGAGGAUGAGUGAGAGUGUGCUCCUUCCCCAGGGGAACAAACCAAACCUUUAAACUAGGAUUAUUUCCCCUUGGUCUCCAUACAGCAAGAGCGGACAGUAUGACCACCCCCCCACAAAGUCAGCUGCAGCCAACACGUGCCAGUGUGGGCACUGGUGUUAUCUUGUUU